GUUCGGAGGACUCGGUUUUUGAGUUAAUCACUUGUGCUCUCGCUCCUAUUAUCACCAACCCAAUCAAGCAAGAAACACUAACAACAUUAGCAAAGGAAGAAAUGUCGGGGGUAUCUCUAGCAGUGGCUCCUCGGACAGACCCUGACGUAACCAGCAUAAGUGCAGCCACAAAACCACCCCAAAAACAGCCCUUCCCCCACAACCAGAAGAAGCAGAACCAGUCGUUGGUGGGAGGUAUAUUGGGAUCACUGCGUGUAAUAGAACUCCAACUCGUAGCAUUCAUCAUUGUUUUCUCAGUUAGUGGUCUUGUCCCACUCCUCGAUCUCGUCUUCCCCGCAUUCACCUCAGCCUAUCUUCUACUACUCUCACGCUGGGUCUUCCCUUCCCGUGGCAGUACCAGCUCCGGGUCGCCUGAAAUUUUCAUGGGAAGCAAGUUGUUUAGGUUCUACGAGGUUUUGGGAACCACAAUAGGGCUGUUCUUUCCGCUGGCGUACGUCUUGGGUGGGUUUGCGAGGGGAGAUGACCAUGCAGUCCGGUCAGUCACGCCGCACCUGUUCUUGCUCUCUUUUCAGAUACUGACUGAGAACAUUGUUUGUGGAUUAUCUUUAUUCUCCCCACCGGUGAGGGCAUUAGUUCCUUUUCUGUAUACAGCCCGGAGGAUCUUUGUGAUCACUGAUUGGGUAAAGGACGUCUGGACCAACCAAACACUGCCUCUAAAUGCACAACUUAAGGACAUUGCUUGGUUUUGGUUUGGGAGGAGCCUUGCAGUUGCAAAUCUGGUGUAUUUCUCCACCAAUUUGUUUGGAUUCUUGAUUCCUAAAUUCCUUCCGGGUGCUUUCGAGAAGUAUUUCAGGGAGAGAGACGAGGUUCAUGCAAAGACUCUGGAGGAGAAGCGAUCUGCAGCCAUCAACAAAUCCCAAACAACAGAUAAGAAGGAUGAUUAAUAGUUCUGUACGUACUUAGUUAAUUGGUGUCAUAGUUUUGGUACCAUAAUUUUGUUUUGGAAAGGGAAGAUCAAGAGACGCGCGCUAGCUAAUUCCUUUUCCAGUGCAUCUAAGCAUUCGAUCUGCUUGCCAUGUGUAGUUUCUUGCAAAAUCAGGGCCAUCUUUUCUGUAACAGCGUUAAUUGAAGUUUUCAAAAAUAAGAUUUCCAUCUUCUAGCU